AUGUUUGCCUGGCUGAACAAGAUAGGAGGGGAGGGAGGAUUCUUGACCUUGUAUGCGGGCAGCUUGAUUGGUGGCCGUGGCAACGAAGAAGAAGAGAAGCAGAAGAGAUGGGAGAAGGAGGCCGAGCGCUUCUACUUUCGAGGGCGCCGGCUGAUAGCGGGCCACCGCUACUCGCAGCAAAGCAACCUUGCUCGAGACACGGCCAAGGGCAAGGACCUGCUGGCCCGUGCUGCCGAGAUGGGCCACUCUCUCGCCGCCGUAGACCUCAGCUGCUGCGCCAAAGCCGUUAGCCACGACCAAACGCGCAUCGAUUGGAUCAAGGCACGCCUCCCACCUCUCUGGGGCAAUAAGUACAUAUAUAUAAUAAUAAUAAAUAGGUAA